CCACCCGUGAAGCUCCGUUUUUCGCGAAUCCCGAAAUUUCACAUAAAAUCUUUAAGUUUUUUACAAAAAGAGCGGUGAAGAAGUGAUAACAAAACGACGGAGAUAACAAAAAGAUAAAAACCAAGGAACCAAGUACAUCCAGCGAUGGCUGUGCUGUGGUGGUGGCCGAUCAGCAGCAGCAGCAGCAGCAACAACAAGCAGCAGCGAAGAAAAUUCGGACACAACACUUGAAAGGUCAUCCGCGGGUUCACGGGCUGUGAAAGUGGCCGCUCCAAAAAACAGGGAAAACAGGGGUUCCUGCUGUGGUGUGUUCAUGGAAGAGUAACUUUCGUCUCGUCGUCGCGCCGCGGCGAGAACCUGUUUGUGAUAACGUUCUAGUCAACUUCUUCCCCUCGGCCAGAGGGUGGAAGUUUCCCUCGUCGCUGUUUUCCAUAAUCACUAACACUACCUUUCCGUAAAUGGAGCAAAGUUUUCCCACCAGGUGCCAUCACACGAGCCUCGCACGGGAAAGAUACUAACAAUAAGAGCUGCUACUGAUAAGAACCGGGUGUAUUGCUGCGAGUGUGCGUAACAACACGCCACGAAAAAAACGGUGAGAUUGCGAGAGAGCAGCAGGUGUUGAACCAGGUGGUGGAGGAAUAGAAAGUGAAGUACCGGAUCGGGUGCACGAGGUGGUGCACCAAGAAGCCAAAAGUAGCAAACAGAGUAGAACCCUUCAACCGAUCGGAACUUCACGGAUACUGGCGCGCGAAGCCUUAUCACAAGUACCCAAACAACUUGGCGCUCCAACUGCUGCUGUUUCAAUAAUCGUGCACAUUGUGCGGGGCAGCAGUGGAAACAGUAACAAAGCUGUAUUCAAGAGCGCGGCUGUUUGGCAGUCGAAAAUUAGUCGUUUUGUGUCGUUUCUUGGUGCUUGCGAUCAUUAGUCAUCACGAGGAUGCAGUGAAAACCGGGAGUACCAAGCAAUUUGCCACUCGACAGAGGCAAUAGGCUACGAUACCCAGUGAGGCGAUAGAACGGAGCAUAAUGUUUGCCUCGUUGAAGAACAAAAUCAAGGAGGAAACUGGUAACGAUGUGGCACCGCUCGCCGUCACGCGGGCACGCCGUAGUCAGGCGGAAUCGUUGACCAGCGCCAGCAGCUCAAUCGACGAGCUUAGUGCCCUCGAACAGAGGGAUGCCGAGCUGAACGCGACCCGGCUAGAGCUACAAGAGCUGGCCAGUCACUUGAACGGAUUCCGAGAACAGAUUCGGUUGCUGGAGGAAGCAAAAUCCAGUCAGGAGCAAGCCAACAAAACACUGGAGGAGAAGCUACAAUCCUGCCAGGUUCAGCGUGACCUGCAGCGUGAGGAGCAGGACAAGAUACAAAACUUUCAACAGCAGGAAAUAUCAAAGCUGAAAAGCAUGCUGCUGUUCCGAGAGCAGGAAGCCAUCGAUCGAAUAGCGCACCAGAAAGCGGCCGAACAGCAGGUCGAAAGCUUGCGCCACGAACUGAACCGACUCCGAGGGCUUGAGCCCAUGCUGGAGAACGCUCAAGAUGAGCUGGAAAGUCUGCGUCACUCGUCCCAAUGUGAACGCAGCAACCUAGUGUCGACUCUGGCCGCAGUCGAGGAGGCGAACCGGCAUCUGAAGAGUCGCAUUCAGGUGCUGGAAGAUACACGCGUGUCACUGACGACCAACAGCGGCAGCACGGACGAGAAGAUACAGUGUCUGUUGCAGGAACGGAAGUUGCUGGAGCAACGACUAGAAGAAGCCCAUCUGCACCUGUCGGACAUCAAAAGUAGCUGGAGCGGUCAGAAUAUGGCCCUGGAGACGCAGGUGAACCGGCUGUCGCGCCAGGUAGCCGAAGAGACGACCGAAAAACAUAAAGCGCUCAAGCAGAAGGACGAUCUGAUGGAGCGUCUGAAGCAGCUCGAGUUUGAGCACGAGAAGCUUCAAUCGGAAGUGACCCAACGUGACAAUAAGAUCAAACUUAUGAAUGAGGAAAUAGAUGAGCUUCAUUCAGCGAUACGGGAAGCGCGUGAACAGCACGAAGAGGAGGUCACAUUUAUGAGCAGCAACGUAGAACAACUGCAAAACGAGUGCACCAGUUUACGAACGAAUCUCGGCGAGUCUGAGCAACGGUUGCUCGAGUGCUUGGAGAGUGCCGACCGCUCGACGGGCGCUUAUCAGAGUCAGCUGCUGGAGCUUGAACGUACUGUUCACGAUCUGAAUCGUCAGCUAGCAAGUGAAACACAAGAAAAAGUGGCCGUUCUCAUGAAGAAUGCUGAAAUAUCACAACAAGAGGAGAUCCUUCGGCAGGAAUUGCGUCACGAAAAGGAGGAAUCGAUGGAAUUGCACGACCGUGCCGUUAUACUUCAACGCGAACUAGACAAGCGAUUAAACACAGUGAACGAAUUACGCAAGCAGGUGGACGAACUGAUGACUACGAAUCUCGAACAGAAUGCGGAACUAGUGGAUAAGAACAAGAUAAUAAAAAUUCUAAACCAACGGCUAGUCGAUAUGAAGAAAACGCUUCAGGAGGAACUGAAAGGUCAGCAGAGUCUAGGCGAUCAGGCUCAAACCGGGCAUGGCAGCAGCACAACAAAUGGUAAUACGCAGCACCCAGGGGACCGGGCGCUUGAGCGGUCAAAGAGCUUCGAUGCCAAAAGUGUGGCGAAGGAAAAUGGUACCGUGAAGCAGCAGAACGGUUCUCCCACCGGCACUGGACCGAUCGUGAUGGACGAAGUCAACUUCCGAUAUCUCAAACAUGUGAUAAUCAAGUUUCUUACCAGUAGAGAGGUGGAAGCACGUCAUCUAAUCAAAGCCGUUUCGACGCUGCUGCAGCUAAGCUAUGAAGAGGAGAAACUGCUUCACGAUACGUUAAACUGGAAAAUGAGCUGGUUCGGCAGCCGACCUGCCGGUCAGAUUUCGUUGCCGACAAAUUGAUCUCCGUCUCCACCGUCUGUAGUCAGAGCUCACCGAAGGGGCGGGUGAUGCGUUGCUUCCAGCUAAGCCUCAGCAUAUCUUCAAAGUAUCUUAUUUCACUCAAUCAAACUAUAGGCAAGGGAAUAGCAACUUCUACAGAGCGAGAAUGAAAUCUCAUUAUUGGCCAUAUACACACAGCGACAAUAUAUUAUCUAUAGAUCUGCUGUUCCCUAUACCCCUAUCGGGCACAAACCGGUGACGGCCAGUAUACAGCUAUCGCAACAACUCAUAAGGUUCAAUUGAAAGUAUUAAGUUUGGUUUUGAGACGCAUUUCAUGCCUUCCACUGUUGAUGAUACAGACUAUCAUUAGCUAUGACUGCUUUUUAUAUGCUUCUCCAUUGAGCGCUUAUGUAACUGGAACCGCUUAUAUGUUUAUAUUUACUGACUAUACAUUCCUAAGCAAAGUGCAGGUGAACGGCUGUUUAGAGUUAUAUUUUGCGUGCAUAUAUUUUUGUGAUUCGCUUUCCAAAGAAAAAAUCAGAGUAUUUAGAAUGCCAUUGUAUAAGCUGUAGUGCGCAUACUGUUAGAUCGAUAUUUUAUCCGUUAUAUAGAGUCAAGUCGAGUAUAGCGGAAUGUUGGUUUUGUUUCCUUUUUGUUUGCCCUUCUCUAUCUGUAUACAGGGUUGAAUCGAAAAAACUGUUGUUUUAGUGAUGUUAUUAAACUUACGCAACAUUAGACAAAAUGGUAAAUAGUUCAUCACAAACCCAGAUCUACAAUAAGCUACCAUACGCGCUGGUGAUAAGCAAACUGUAUGCGAUAUGGCUGUUUGUUGAAUCGGAACGUAAAGAUUUCAGUGAUUGUUUGGACGUUCGCCUUCCACAACUUCCUCCACCCCCAACAAUAGAUCGAUAGAUUCCUUCAAGCAUCUGUGCAAUACAGUCAUUAUUCAUAGUUAAACGAUUUCAAAGUAAAAAAUAAAGAAAGUACGCACCAACAGCAGCGUCCGAUAU